GUGUUUUAUUUUCUGCAGUUUUCCGGGAUAUCAAGGGAAAGUUCAGCUGGUCCAGAAGUUGAUCCUGGUUUUAGACUGCAGGCAGGAAGGAUGUCAGCUGUGAAGCUCUCAGAGGGGAGCAUUCAGGUGCAGAGCUGCACAGCGCCGCUCUUCUUCAGACAAAGUGAACCGUCCUUGAGGGAGACGAGGAUGUCAGUUUUACUCCUUCAUGGUAUCCGUUUCUCUUCAGAAAACUGGCUCAGCAUUGGCACUCUGGACACUCUGGCCAAAGAGGGCUGCCGAGCGGUCGCCAUCGACCUGCCAGGGCUCGGUCGGUCAAAGUCAGCAGAGGCCCCUGCUGCGGUGGGAGAACUGGCCCCUGCAGGUUUCUUGAAGGAGGUGUGUGAGCGGCUCAGUCUGAGCCCAGUGGUGGUGAUCAGCCCCUCCCUCAGUGGGAUGUACUCCCUCCCCUUCCUCACGCAGCACCAGGAUCUGAUCCGGGGUUACAUCCCCGUGGCUCCAAUCUGCACCGACAAAUUCACAGCCGAGCAAUACCAGAGUGUGAAGGUCCCAUCACUGAUUGUUUACGGAGACCAGGACUCUCAGCUGGGAGAACUGUCGCUCCGCAACCUGAGCAAUCUGGCCAAUCACAGCGUGGUGGUGAUGAAAGGAGCGGGUCACCCCUGUUACCUGGACGACCCAGACACCUGGCACAAAGCUCUGACAGACUUCCUGAACACACUGUGAAGAUUCUCUCAGUACAGAUGCAAAUUAUUGACUGACACAUUUUUGAUUCAAGAGAAAUUUAAGCAGAUAACUUCCUAUAAGACCUGAUUUAACUUUUUAAGUAAUGUCAGUGAUAAAACUUGAAUCAAGACUUUUCUGAUGAGGGGUGAGAGUUUGAAAGUAUCAAAGUUUGAAAGAAUCAGGGAGGGGUUCAGAUGAGAAAUUGAUGUUAAUUUGUUCAAAACAAAACUACAGUUAAAUCAUUUUGGACAACUUUCAUUUAAGCAAAUGUUUCGGUCAUUAUGGAGCACCAAGUGGGAUCACAAUAAUACAACGACCUUACAUAAAACAUUAAGAAUGAGGCACAUAAUCAGGAAAAAGUAGUUACACCUUUCCAUUAAGCUAAUGCAUUCGACUCACUGUGAAAGCACAGAGAAAAGAAUGGAGGGUAAUCCUGAGAAUCUUAUGCAAGAUCCAGAGAAACUCCUGAGAGUCUCAGCCAGUUGAGCAUUGCAACAAAUGUAUGAUGUCGAGCUUGCAGGACGGCUCGUACUGAUGAAAACUAGGUUGUAGUUCCCUUUCUAUAUUAAUAUGGUCGCAGAGUUGUAAUAGGAAUGUUUGGUUCAUGAAUUAUUGACCUGGAGAAGAACGAACCUGUGAAAAUGUUUCCAACUUUAAAUUAAGAGCACACUAAGCGACAAGUGUUCCCUUGCACUAAGCCCUCUCUCCCAGUGUCUUGUUUCAUCAUGGUUAGAGUACAUGGUACUGGUGGCUCUUUCUACAGGCUUCUCCUGACUGAAAGCAUGCUGACCAUUAAGUAACAUAUGUAGUGCACUUACUCUCGACAAGUACCUUGUACAACCCAACUUUAAAAACCUAGCUGUCUACUUUAAUACGAUGUUCAUUAGAAAUCUGUCAAACUAUCAGGAUCUCUGUUGAGUGAGGGCCCAGAGAGAAUGACACAGAGGACUUUGAAAUUGUAACACAAACAAACGGCCGAUCUCCACCCAUGUCUGACUGAAAAAAUGAAACACCACACCCAGAAAUGAAGUGAAAAAUAUGAACAUUAUUUAAUAACUGAUUCUCUGUAAUAAACAAUUUGAAAAUAUUU